AACAAUACAUCUCAAACGUCGUGAGAAAUGUACAAAAACAUUGUUAUUUUAUUUUUCUUCAAAAUUGUCCAGUCACAAAUCCUUCAGUUUGGGAAUUGUUCAAAUAUCACCACUAUGGAUUAUUUCCAAAUUGAUAAAUUCCUUGGAAAGUGGUAUGUUAUAGAACAAUUCCCUGUUUGGUAUGAAGAAAAUGGUCACUGUGCAUUCAAAGUAUUUGAACUGUGUGAACGUCGGGUCAGGAUUCAGAGCAGAUAUGUCAAGGACAAAACACAAUACAUACUUAUUGUCAAUAGCACUUAUUAUUCUGGAGAUGACGCCGUCUUUCAAAUUGAAAAGAAUAAUAUAGACCCAGUCGGCGUGCCGUUGUCUGUUAUAACAACAGAUUAUGCGAAUUACUCUCUGCUUUACGGCUGCAGACUGAACGAGAAUUUGCAAUUGAAAUACAUGUCAGCUUGGAUUCUAUCACGCAGUUUAACAUUAACACCGGAUGUUCUUGAAACUGCAUACAGAGAACUGAACGCUAUACCGGAUGCCAGCACAAGCUAUUUGCAAACUGUAGAUCAUAAUGAAUCUAAAUGCACGUACCAAUGGACUGCUGAAAUACACGCAGUUAAUACAAGUACCAAUGAUUAAUACUCUAUGCUCCAUUGAAUCAUUGCUAUAAAAAUUCUUAUUAUCUUAAUAAUAUAUAUAAAUUAAGUGUCACGUUGUCCACUAUGAACUCCUAAACUACCGAACCGAUAUCAAUCAAAUUUGCACACCGUGUGAUCUUACUUGAAAGAUAGGAUAGCUUACAUCUCAAUUUAUACCCGCAAUAUUUUAUUGCAAAUAUUUGUUAAUUAUUUGAUACAAUUCCAACAGAUGGCGCUGUGUUAAAAGUACCUUUGUACCUUUUUCUACCUCUAUCUACCGUUCACAUAAGUUCUCCUAGCGGUUCCCUUGAAUAGUUUACUACUAUGUAAUAUAACAAAAACCUUAGCCACGGCAACGCUUGCCUGAGUCUGCUAGUAUAAAUAAAUAACUCGGUCACAAUCUAACGCCUGAUCGAAUCAGUGUAAACAGCGAAAUAUAACUUAAGUUUCCAAUCUUUAGUAAGCUUAUUGUAAUCUAAACAAAAUGAGUUACACUUAACGAACUCAUUUUGUUAAGAUUAAAAUAAAUUUAAAUAAACUAAAAGGCCGGCAACGUACUCGCGAGCCCUCUGGCAUUGAGAGUGUCCAUGGGCGGCGGUAUCACUUAACAUCAGGUGAGCCUCCUGCCCGUUUGUCCCCUGUUCUAUAAAAAAAAAAAGAACUCACCUGAGUACUUACUGAAGAAAUAACAAUUAAUAAGAAUGACGUGGUACCCAUAGCAAAAACUUUACGUAAAGUUAAUUAAAUAUUGGUAGCGUAGUUUUGUUGUAACCUAAUAUUUUUGUACAGGAAACUAGUAGGGAACAGAGUGUAAUUGGAAACAAAACGG